AUGAGUCGCCAGGACAUUCUCAAAGUUCAGACCCUCGAGCUCAAAGUUCCCAUCCACUGUGAAGGGUGUCUGAAAAAAGUCAAGAAGAUUGUUCAAAAGAUCGAUGGGGUGUACCAGAGCAGCGUCGACGCGGCGCUGGGUAAGGUGACGGUGACCGGGCUGAUGGACCCGGAGACCGUCAUCAACAAGAUCCAGAAGGCCGGGAAGCCGGUGCGGGUGUGGGGGGAGAAGCCUGGCGUGCCCUUGGAGGUCCAGCUCCAGAAGCUGAAGCUUGGCAGCGGUGGGAAGGGGAAGGGCCAGCAGCAGGCCAAGGAUGCCGGAGACAAGGGCCAGCGGCAGCAGCCGCCCAAGGACGCCGGCGGCAAGGGCCAACAGCAGCAGCAGGCCAAGGACGCCGGCGGCAAGGGCCAGGGCCAGGGCAAGCAGCCCAAGGGUGGAGCGGGCGGUGGUGGCACCGGUGGCGGCGCGAAGGAGGCGAAGAUGGUGGCGCCGCCGCCACACCCGCAGCCGACGCCGCAGCAGCUCCAGCAGAUGAUGCAGAUGAGGGGGAUGAAGUUCCCUCCGCCGGAGCUCAUGCCCAUGGGCGCCGGCAAGAUGCCGAUGCCUAUGCCGUUCCCGGCGGCAGCGGCGCAGGCGCAGGCGCAGGCCGCGGCGGCCAAGGACCCCCGGACAGUGAAGUUCGACCUCCCCGGGGGCGACGAGUUCGGGGACGAUGACAGCAGCGGGUUCGGCGACGAGUUCGACGAAUUGGACGACGUCGAUUUCGAGGACGACGGCCUCGACGACGACGACCCCGCCAUGAUGACGAGGCCUAUGGGCAUGCCACCGGUCCCCGGCGGUGGCGACAAGAAGGGUGCCGGCAACGGCAAUGGCGGCAAGAAGGGUGGCGGGGCCAAGAACGGUGGCGGCGCGCAGCAGCCGCCACAGAACGGCAAGGGUGGCGGCGGCGCACCGGGAGGCGGGAACCUGCCUGGGCAGGGCAAGAAGGGCGGCGGCCCCGGCGGCGUCGGUCUCGGCGGACCGAUGAUGAUGGGAGGCGCGCCUUCGCAACAUCCGGCGGGCAUGAUGAUGAGGCCGCCUCACAUGAUGGGCGCGGGCGGCGCCGGCGGUGUCCCCGGCAUGGGACAGAUGGGCAGCGGCGGGCCCCUUGGCGGCAUGCCGAUGGGACACCCCCACAUGGGUGGUGCCGGGAUACAGCAGAGCGGCGGUGGCGCGCACGGCAUUCCGGCCGGCGGCAUGCCCAUGGGCCUCCCCCACAUGGGUGGCGCCGGCUUGCAGCCGGGCGCCGGCGGCGUUCACGGCAAGCCUGCUGGCGGCAUGGCGAUGGGCGGCCACCCCCACAUGGGUGGCGCUGGCAUGCAGCCGGGCGGCGGGGGCGCCGCGCACGGCAUGCCGGCUGGCGGUAUGCCUGCUCCUGGGUUCUUUCCGGGCGGCAGCAUGCCGGCCGGCCAGGAGAUGCUGGCCAUGUCCCAGCUGCCGCCACAGCAGCAGCAGCAGAUGGCCGCCGUGAUGCAGCAGCAGCAGCAGCACAUGGCUGCCAUCAUGCAGCAGCAGCAGCAGCAGCAGAUGAUGCUGAACGGGCACGGCCACCACCAUGGCCAUGGCCAUGUCCACGGCGGCCAGGGGCAUCCACCGCCGCCGGCGAGCAGCUACGGGUACGGGUACGGGCGGCCGCCGAUGCCGCAGUACCCGCCCCCGCCGCCGUACUACUACGCGAUCCCUCCGCAGCGUCACCCGCACGACAACCUAUUCAGCGACGAGAACCCCAACGGGUGCUCGGUCAUGUGA